AUGUCAGAGGCAAAUAUUAUGCAAAUGAUGAACAUGCUAAAGUCAGGGAUUAGCACCUCACAGAUAUUUGGUCUUCUAGCUAGUCAAGCAGGCGGGUACGAAUUUGUUGGCUAUGGUCCCAGAGAUAUGUACAAUGAGAUUGCUCGCCAACUAGACUACCGACUCUUCGGGGAUGUUAUUGCUUUUGAUGCUACGUACAAAAAGAACAAGUAUAGUUGUCCAUUAGUCAUAUUCAGUGGGGUUAACCACCACAACCAAACAAUUGUUUUUGCUGCUGCGUUAAUUGCAGACGAAACUACUGAUACAUAUAUUUGGCUCCUGCGUCAGCUCAUGUUUGCAAUGAGGGGCAAGACCCCGACCUCAAUCAUAACUGAUGGGGCCAUGGCGAUUAGGAAUGCGGUGAGAGAUGUAUUUCCCGAAGUCAGACAUAGAUUAUGCGCUUGGCACCUUAUUCGAAAUGCAACUAGCAAUGUUGGAAAUCUAUCGUUUACAUCUAAGUUCAGAAAAAUCAUGUUGGGAGACUACGAGAUUCCCAUGUUUAAGCGUAAGUGGGUUCAUCUUAUUGAAGAAUUUGGCAUUGAGGAUAAGCUGUGGGUGAUCAACAUGUACGAAGAGAAGCAUAUGUGGGCUACUGCAUAUCUAAGAGGAAAAUUCUUUGCUGGCUUUAGAACUACAUCAAGAUGUGAAGGUUUACACUCAAUUGUGGGAAGGUAUGUGGGGUCGCGGUAUGAUUUGACAAGUUUUGUAGAGCAUUUUCAAAGGUGUGUUGCACACUUGCGCUUUAAAGAAUUUAAUGCUGAUUAUCAAUCUACACGUGGGGUGCCCGUCAUGCAAACUUGUAUAGAGCUGAUAGAGAGAUAUGAUGCUGAGUUAUACACUCAUGAGAUAUUUCUUUUCUUUCGGCCAUUUCUCUCUAGAGCUGGAUCAAUGCGGGAGCUAAACAUAGAUAAUACCGAUGAUUGCAUAAAGUACAUUGUGUGUAAGCAUGGGAGGCCCGAUUUUAUGUGGACCGUUGAUUUUCGUCAAGAAGAAAUGAUCUUCAAGUGUACCCAUUUAAGAAUGGAGUCAUUUGGAAUUCCCUGCGAACAUAUUGUGAAAGUUCUAGUUGACAAAGACAUCUGUGAGAUUCCCCAGUCAUUGGUAUUGGAUAGAUGGACAAAAAAGGUUAAAUCAUCACUCAAUGAUCCAAGUGGGUUCACCAGGGAUGCUGUUGUUAUUAGUCGUCAAAGUGCCUUGGUGGAAUUUUCUAAACAAUUGGUUGUUGUUGCUGCUAAAGUACCAGAGAGAUAUGAAGAGACACGUGACCUAAUUAUGGGAUUGUACUCAUCUUACAAGGCUGCAGAUGAAGGCACUAAUCAACCUCAGUCAGGUGUAGCUAAAAAUAGCAAUCCGUAUGUGCAUCAAAGCGGAGUAGGCUCAGAACAACUAUCUAGGAAAAAGCGGCAACAUUGUAGUGUUUGUCAAAUGGAAGGACAUAAGAAGACAACAUGUCCCUGGCAAAAGGACAUUGACAACAACAUUAUUGAAGAUGAAGCUAAUGAUUCGGAUGAUGGCGACGUAUAUCCAGAACUGACGGUUGAGUUAGAUAGUGAUAAUUAG